AUGGCGACUGUCGUCGUCCAGCAGCAACAUGCGCUGCAGCACUCGACCCCGCCGCCCUCGCCCAUCCCGCCGGCGCGCUUGGUCAACCGCCGAGGCAGCCCAAUCCCGAACAAACACCUGCCCAUCUGCCCACCGGGGCCGUCGCCAUCGGAACCCGCCUCCCACGAUUCGCUAGGGGUUCGAACGGCCAACGAUCAGACUUCCUCGCUCCUGUACCCACCAGAUGGCUUGGUGCGCCUCUCGGGCCCGCCGUCGCCAACGGUAUAUGCACUGGAUGCCGAGACAUUGGCCGCCGCACUGAACCACCAGGCCGCUCAGCCCAUGCCAGACCCAUCGCAGAUGUUCCCAUGGCUGCAUGGGCUGCACCCGGACAACCACUUACAGCUGGGCUUCUUCUCCAGUCGGAAGCGGUCGCUGCGUCGCCCCCCUAAAUGCUGGCGCGGCAUCACGGUCGUCAAGCUCGGCGGCGAUCUUACCAGGGCACGCGUGAAGGGGGCCGUGUGCGCCCAUGAGGUGAUAACUCCGUCGGCGCGCUUCUUGAUUUCCGACCCGCCGGAGGGCUUCUCGGUCCGGAACUUCCAGAUCCAGACCGCCAAAUUGGCGGCCCUGUCGGAUAUUAUUGUCUACGCCGAAGAUGGUGCCAGUCGAUCCCAAAUGCUUGCUCUGGCAGAGGACUUUGCAACCGCCCAGCAGGCCUGGCGACUGAAGAAUGACCCCACCCAGGAGCGACCCGCAUACAACACCUUUGUUCUCACCACUAGCUUUGCCGAAUUGGAGAAGAAAUGCCCCAACAUAGUGGCCAUCGAUUCCAAGGGCCAAGUCACAGGACAAGUGAUGGACUUUGUCCUAUGGGAACGGGUAGAAAUGUGCAGCAUGUCCCGGGCAUCGGAAAUUUCGGCCAAUGUCUUCCUCGGGCCCACCCCAGACUAUAUCCUGAGACCAGACGCAUGUCAGCUCCCAAAACAAGAGGUCUAUGAUCUUUUGAUCGAAGCUAGCGAUCUGGCCAGCAUCCCUGGACCCCGUUUCUUGGGUAUGAUUGACAAGCAGCUUGAAGAUGGCACUCAGCGCAUGGAGUUCCCCUCAUCCGGCUCCAUUGUUCUCCCCUCGGGCAAUACCCGCGAGGUGGAAGAUAUCGUCAACACGAUCCGUUGGAUCUAUUAUCUGGCGAACCCAGACCAGCCAGCCGAGGGGGCCGAUCAUGAAGGCGAUGUCGCCAUGACCCAUGCCAGAAAGAAGCCGCGUCGAGUUUUUAUCCACUGUGCAGAUGGGUACACCGAGAGCUCGCUGCUGGCUGUUGCGUAUUACAUGUUUGCCGAGGGUGUCCCUGCGCCGGAAGCCUGGCUCCAGCUGCACUGUAACAAGAAGCGCAACUUCUUUACUUACCCCACGGACGUCGCCUUCCUGAGUCACAUCCAACCGCGUCUGUUGCAAGAAAGUCCUGCGAGGCGAUCCGCCCACACAUCCUGCAAUUGGGAUCCUGACUGGUUCUUGAAGAUGGACGGGUCCCUACCCAGCCGCAUUUUGCCGUAUCUGUAUUUGGGGAACCUCAACCACGCGAACAACCCGGAGCUGCUGUGGGAGGUCGGGAUCCGGCGUGUUUUGAGCAUUGGCGAGCCUGUCCACUGGACUGAAGAGGAGCGCUCGAAGUGGGGCCAUGAGAAUUUGGUGUUUAUCGACAAUGUGCAAGAUAACGGCAUCGACCCGUUGUCGCAGGAGAUUGAUCGGUGUUUGGAGUUCAUCGGAAAAGGAAAGAGCGAUGGAACUGCGACCUUAGUACACUGUCGUGUGGGCGUUUCCAGAUCCGCCAGUGUCUGUAUCGCCGAGGUGAUGUCCUCACAGGGCUUGUCUUUUCCUCGCGCUUAUUGCUUUGUCCGAGCUAGACGCUUGAAUGUGAUCAUCCAACCUCAUCUGCGCUUUGUCUAUGAACUUCUGCAGUGGGAAGGGUUCCAAAAGCACAAACGGAACGCCUCCAUACCGCGCGAGUUAGAAUGGGCAACCGUCUCGCGCGAGAUCGCGCUUCUCAAUAAGCCCUACUCAAGAACCUAG